CUGAACUCACCAUUCUUCUCCAACAUGAAAGACACCAUUGUUCUGUACCCCAACAUUGGUAGGGGUCACCUAGUGUCCAUGGUGGAGCUAGGCAAGCUCAUUCUAUCCCACCACCCUUCUCUUUCCAUCACCAUCCUCAUCCUCACCCCAUCCCCCAACGCCACUUUCACCCUAGCCUGCAACUCCAACGCCCAAUACAUCGCCGCCGUCUCCGCCACCAUCCCCGCUAUCACUUUCCACAGCGUUCCCAUGGCCCAACUCCCCCUCGACACCCCUUCCCUCCCUCCUCACCUCAUCUCCCUCGAACUCUCCCGACACAGCACACAAAACGUUGUCCUUGCACUCCAAAGCCUCGUCAAAGCCUCCAAUAUCAAAGCCCUAGUCAUGGACUUCUUAAACUUCAGCAACCCCAAAAUUCUCACGGAAAAUCUCACCACAAACAUCCCCAUUUUCUUCUACUACACUUCCGCAGCCUCCAGCCUCGUUGUGCUUUUUCACUUCCCCACUACUCUCCCAAAACAAGUCAAAGACCAACAAUUUCAACUUGACUUCCCAGGGUUACCUGCAAUAUCCACGGAUGUCUUUCCAAACGAAACCCUCGACCCUUUGAGCUACACUAACCAGAUUUUCGGUCGGAUAGCGGAAGCCAUGAAGCGUAGUUCUGGAAUUAUAAUAAACACGUCUGAAGCGAUUGAAGAGAAAGCCAUUGCAGUGUUGAACGACAAUAGGAUCCUGCCACCGUUGUUUUUCGUGGGCCCUGUUAUUUCUGCACCAUAUGGGGAAGAAGACAAAGGUUGUCUGAGUUGGCUCGAGUCGCAACCGAGUCAGAGCGUGGUGUUGCUGUGUUUCGGAAGCAUGGGAUGGUUCUCGAGGAGGCAGUUGAUGGAGAUGGCUAUUGGGUUAGAGAAGAGCGAGCAAAGGUUCUUGUGGGUGGUGAGAACCGAGUUGGAGGGUGGUGACUCGCUGGAAGAGAAGCCCAGUUUGGACGAGUUGUUGCCCGAAGGGUUUAUGGAUCGGACGAAGGAGAAGGGGUUGGUGGUUCGGGACUGGGCUCCACAGAGGGAGAUUCUGAGUCAUGACUCAGUGGGGGGGUUUGUGACUCACUGCGGGUGGAACUCGGUGCUGGAAGCCGUGUGCGAAGGGGUGCCAAUGGUGGCUUGGCCAUUGUACUCGGAGCAGAAGCUGAAUAGGGUGUUUAUGGUUCAGGAAAUGAAGGUGGCUUUGGCGUUGAAGGAGGAGAAAGAUGGGCUGGUGAGUGGGAGUGAAUUCGGGGAGCGAUUGAAGGAACUCAUGGAAUCGGACACGGGGAAAGAGAUUCGUCAGAGGGUUUUCAAGAUGAAACUCAGUGCCGCAGAAGAAUUGGGUGAAGGUGGAACUUCACGUGUUGCGUUAGAUAGGUUGGCUAUGUUUUGUAAGAGAGUAAAAAGCAAGUAA